AAAUUAGAACCUGGAUGGGGCGGAGAGGUGUGGGCUCCUAAGGGAUCGGCACCCAGGAUCAGAAUUUGGGGAAGGGGUUGCGAUCGAGAGGGAAACGGGAGCAGGAACUGAGCAGGUGGGUGGGGAGAGAGAAAGAGAAAAAGAAAAACCUCCCGCGGAAGGAAGAGAGAGAGUAAAGUGAGAGUGACAUUAGGUAGCAGGAGGGGGAGGGGGAAGGUGUGCCUUCAGCCUGGCCUGGGAAGGGAGCCUGAGAGAUCACCCGUGGAGGGCCAGGUGCGCUGGCGCGAGGGAUGCCAGGGGCCGGAGAGUCUCCGUAGGCAGGCAAGGGGCGCGGCGGCACCGGCUGGCUGCUCCUCCCCUGGAGGCUGCGCUGCGCUGCCCUGCCGGGGGGCGGGUCGGGGGCAGUGGAGCUCCCGGCAUGUCGCAAGGGCUCCCAGCCACCGGCAGCGUCCUGCAGAGAAGCGUCUCUGCCCGCGGGAACCAGCAACAGCCGCAGAGCCCUGAGGAUGAUGACCGGAAAGUCCGAAGGAGAGAAAAAAAUAGAGUUGCUGCUCAAAGGAGUCGGAAAAAGCAGACCCAAAAGGCUGAUAAACUUCAUGAGGAAUAUGAGUGCUUGGAGCAAGAAAACACCUCCCUUCGGAGAGAGAUUGGGAAGUUGACAGAGGAGCUGAAGCAUCUGAAUGAAAUGCUCAAGGACCAUGAGAAGAUCUGUCCUCUGCUUCAUUGCCCUAUGAACUUUGUACCUGGGACACGGCCUGACUCCAUCACCAACUGCCUGCCCAGAUGAGGUCCAAGGACUCUCCUUGCCACAGGGUGAGGGAGAAUGCCUGAUGGGUGUCAGGGAGGAUGCCUGAUGGGUGUCGAGCAGGAUGAAAGGCUUUCCAAUUUAUGCCUUCAUGUACAAGGCUUUGUGACCAGAACUCUUUAUCCAUGAGGUGGUGGUGAAACCCUGUCUUGUCUCCUAAUCCUCUGAACACUUAAGUGGACACUCAAGUCUUUAGUUUCACUUUUUGUCUAUUUGGGCAUUUAGUAACUUUCAGCUGUCACUCAAGAUACUAGAUGUCUUUCCUCCUUCCCAUUAGAAUUUGGUUAAUAAAAGUUAUUUUUAUCUCUUCCUCAGCAUCUUAUUUCUCUAGGACUCCAAUCCCCAUAGAAUGUGACAUUUCAGUUAGGGUUUGGGUUUUGUUUUGUUUUCCUGUUGCUAAAGUCCUCUAACCUUAACUUACUUGUUUCUUGGCCAGUUUGAUUUCAUUUUUGAUGUUUUAGUUUGAUGAUUAUCUUCAUCAUUCCUAUUUUACUUCACAGAUUUAGAACUAGAUGAGACAUUAGGAAAUCAUCUUGUCCAACUGUCUCCUUGAAAAAAAAAAGCUUUCUUAAAGCAAUUAUGGACAUGGGAAAUAGUAAUAAACAUGAGCAUUUCCAUAUACAGAGAACAGAAAAAAAGGUUAUGUAUGAAACCAUGAAUAUCUUUUAGGUAUAGAUUCUUAUAAGCAUAUAUUAAAUUUGACAUUGUGGUACCAA